AUGGAAAUGAGCUUUAAUUUCAAACUCAUUGGUCGUCAGGAAUCAAAGUUCAAAGAGACUGGAGUUUUGACCCCCGAAGAGUUUGUGAUCGCUGGCGACCAACUCGUCCAUCAGUGCCCCACAUGGAAGUGGGCGUCUGGCGAGGAGUCCAGACAUCGACAAUAUCUACCACGAGAUAAGCAAUUUCUGGUCACCAGAAAUGCAAUUAUGUCGGCUAUCAUUAAAAUUGCAGAGUUUUUGACUCCAGUUCUUAAGGAAUCAAAGUUCAAAGAGACUGGAGUUUUGACCCCCGAAGAGUUUGUGAUCGCUGGCGACCAACUCGUCCAUCAGUGCCCCACAUGGAAGUGGGCGUCUGGCGAGGAGUCCAGACAUCGCCAAUAUCUGCCACGAGAUAAGCAAUUUCUGGACGGGGGUUGGGUCGACACUCACCACUUCGCCAAUCUUAGCGAACAAGUGCUUGAAAUGACACUUUCGGCCAAAGCGGGCGACAAAUCGGCGCAGAAGUCAAAUGUGGUGUCGAAUGAUACCGAAGAUGACGACGAAGACGAUGGCGAAGCAGAAGAUAUGGAUAGCUAUUUAGCGUCGGGUCUAAUGGACGAUAAGGACGAGGCAACUGUCGACACAACUGAGCCUAAAAUGAGUACUUCUGCCAAAAAUGAAGACCAGGGAGAGUCAGAUAUCGUUCCGACGAGAACUUAUGAUCUGAACAUCACUUACGAUAAGUAUUAUCAGACGCCCCGACUCUGGCUCUGCGGUUAUGACGAGAACCAGAAACCACUCUCUAUUGAGCAGAUGUACGAAGACAUUAGUCAGGAUCACGCAAAGAAGACCGUAACCAUGGAAACACACCCACACAUUCCCGGCGGUCCCAUGGCAUCCGUCCACCCGUGCAGACACGCGGAGGUCAUGAAGAAGAUUAUACAGACAGUGGAAGAGGGGGGACGGGAUCUACCGGUUCACAGUUAUUUGAUUGUAUUCCUCAAGUUUGUUCAGGCGGUCAUUCCCACCAUUGAAUACGAUUACACGCAGAACUUUACCAUGUAA